CAUCGUAUUACAAACAAGCGUGGUUAAACCAUUUAAUUCCAUUUUUUGGAAAACUAUAUAAAUGGCGAUUCAUUUCAAAAUAUCUUUUUAUUAUUUGCCCAAGUUCCUAAACAUGAGGUCCAACCAACUCAUCUUCACCACCUUCAGCAUGAUUCUGCUGGCAUCCCUGGUGCCAUUUAAUGUGGCACAAAAAAUCGAUCUCGACAAGCUUAGCAGUUGCGCUGAAGUGGCAAUCAAAGCUGGCAAUUCCUUGGCCUCAAAAUCUAUACCAAGCAUCAGAAAACUCGCAACCUGUGUUAAAUUUACUCCUUUGAAGACCAAGAAUCUCGAUAUUGUUGCGCUGGCGCUCCUGGGCUAUCAAUUCCUGCAAAAGGUUAUUGGCAACCAGAAAUGUCUCUUGAGCUGCUUAAAGGAAUCGUACGAAAUGGUAUCGCCACAUUUGAACAAGAUUGUUCAAAUGAAGUGUUUGUCAUUCUAAAAGCUCAAAAGGUAAAGGCUAACCGUACAGAAUCAAUUUGUGAAUGUAAGAACCAAUUUUUUCAUCGAUAAUAAAAAUAUAAGGGACAUGUGACAGCA